GGUUAAAAUUGUUUUUUUGCGGCAUUAUGGCAAGCUAUUCUAUUUCUAUUUAUAAUUGAUUACGAAUUUUUGAUGUUGUAGAUGUGGUCACCAAGUACUUCUAGUAAGGUUGAUUAAGUAAAGCUGCCUAAGGCAGAGUCCACCAACGUCAACCUGUUUGGCAAACUACCCGAGCUACCAGUCACCGUUCAUCUUCAUAGCGCAACACAAGGAUACCAAGCACAUGGAGCCGACUCAGCACAUCGCCACCAAGUCAUCGCCGAUGGACAAUCCUUCACCACAAAUCUGUGAUAUGGACAAUUCUCCGAUUAUAGUAGAAAACGAGGGCGAAAGCCCACAAAGCAUGGUCGGCACGAGGAAUAGUGUCACCUCCGACGUGCCAGCCAACGACAACGCCAAAGGUCGCAAGCGAGGUCGACUACCCAAGUCCACCAACAACAAUAUUCCUAUUCAGCCAAACAAGGAAGGAGUUCCGUUGGGUAGAGUCGUUACCAAGUCAUCACCGAUGGACAAUCCUCCACCACAAAUCUGUGAUAUGGACAAUUCUCCGAUUAUAGUAGAAAACGAUGGCGAAAGCCCACAAAGCAUGGUCGGCACGAGGAAUAGUGUCACCUCCGACAUGCCAGCCAACGACAACGCCAGAGGUCGCAAGCGAGGUCGACUACCCAAAUCCACCAACAACAAUACUCCUCCUAUUCAGCCAAACAAGGAAGGAGAUGAGGAGCCACAAAGCAAGAAGGUGUGCAAUGAAUUGGCCACGCCGCCGACAUCAUUGCAGAAGCAGCUGACGGUGGCGCAGCUGAGGAAGAGGGAAAAAAGCUUCCUGCAGGAUAGACCCUGCUUCGAGGUGGCGCCAAAGCUGGCCAAGUGCCGCGAAUGCAGAUCGACGCCGCACAACAUGCAGGACAUCUUCUGUCGGUUCUACGCGUUCCGCCGCCUGCGAUACACCAAUAUUGGUCACCUGCUCACGGCCGGAUUCUUGGAUCCUCACCUCGAUGCCUCGCCCAAUGACUUCAACCUGUGGCUGCCCGCGGCUAAUCCCUUAGGUCUGCCACCUGCCUCAGACCUCGGCCAGUCUCACUACCUGCUGUCGCUACUCAGCGAUCCUUUCUGCCAGAUCGUUCAGCAGGAGAACGAAGCCUUAACCGUCCACAUGUCUAAAGACAAUUUAAUAGCAUGGAAAAAAGUAGUGCAAGGAGUGCGGGAGAUGUGUGAUGUUUGUCAGACCACACUUUUCAAUUAUCACUGGGCCUGCAAGAAGUGCGGCUUUGUUGUUUGUAUAGACUGUUACAAGGACCGCAAAAUCGGAAUAGUGAAAGAGUGGAGCGUCGCAGACGGAGUCCGCGAUAAUGUGUCAUGGCUGCUGUGCACUAACCACCAGCCGCAUGAACAGGACAAGCUGAUGCUGACGCAAAUUGUGGCCGGCGACGCUCUGCAGACGAUCUCUCGCGAAGCGCACGAGGCUUGUGCCCAGCUUGGCAUACCCAUCAACUGUGGAUGCGCACUCGCGCAGCAGCUGACGGCUCAUGACAAGUCCAAUGACCUGUGGAGAGCUGAACCGGUUAUAGAGCGAAUAAAACCGGAGAAAGAUGAAGAGUCAGUUGUAGAUAAUGGUAAUAACAGAAAGACUGAUCCCCUCUACUGGCUAGCAGAUCUUGCACUAUCUAGUGAGGACAAAAAGCAUGGCGAUACGGGUAGUAGUGAUAGUGAUACGGAAGACAACGACCAAUCGACUCUGCGAGAUCUGCUCAUCAGAGUACCAUCAAAUAAGGGCGGUACGCCGGAGAAGAACAGUAGCUCAUCCGAGAACUGCACAAUGCUGCCGAAUGAAAAUGCAAAGGGCGAACUGAUGUGCACAAAGAACAAGGAAAUUGGUAACAGGACCAAUACUACAGCACAGGUGCAGUCUGAAAAUCUGGUACACUAUGUGAGUCGGUACACGGGAGCUUCGAAGGGAGGAUCGAUGUCACUGCCACUGCGCAUCAUGACGCUGAGUGAGAGCUCCCUGUUUUACCCAGAUGUGCCGCACCUCUGGUUGUGCGAUGGAAAACUGCUGCAAUUGCUCGUGGCCGACAACCCCGGCAACCAUUCCAUCUUCCAGGACCAGUGGAAGCGUGGCCAGCCAGUCAUGGUCAGCAACGUCACCAAGAACAUGGACAUGUCUCUGUGGCAUCCCAAUGCUUUUGCCAGGGAUUUUGGCGAUGACAAAUGCCUCCUGGUGAACUGUUUGACCGGCAAAAUAGUUCCUAAUCAGCCGAUGAGGAAAUUUUGGGAAGGAUUCGACUCGUUGGCCAAACGGCUCAAGGACGAAAAGGGCCAGCCGAUGGCGUUGAAGUUGAAAGACUGGCCGCCAACUGAGGAUUUUUCUAAAAUAUUACCAAACAGAUUCAACGACCUGAUGAAGGUACUGCCACUCAAGGAGUACACUAUGAGAGAUGGUAGCCUGAACCUGGUGUCUAGACUGCCAGACUGCUUCGCACGGCCUGACCUUGGCCCCAAAAUGUACACGGCAUAUGCCACGGCCGGCCAACACAAGGGCACCACCAACCUGCAUCUGGACAUCUCUGAUGCCGUCAACGUGAUGAUCUACGUGAGCAUUCCGGAGGAUGCUUCGGAGGAGGAGUAUACGGAUGCCAUGCGAGCCAUCGAUGAGGCAAACUGCGACAUCCUGACACGAAGACGCGUGCGUGAGUCGGGCAUCCUGCCAGGUGCCCUCUGGCACAUCUACCUGGCACGCGAUGCUGACAAGAUCCGUGACUUUCUGAACAAGGUAGCAUUGGAGCGCGGCGCCCGCCUCCAGCCCCACGACGACCCCAUCCACGACCAGACCUGGUACAUUGAUAGCGAGCUGCAGAAGCGCCUGUAUCGGGAGUACAAUGUGCAGGGGUUCCCAAUCAUACAGUGCCAGGGUGAUGCCGUCUUCAUUCCAGCCGGUGCUCCACAUCAGGUAAAGAACCUACACAACUGCAUCAAGGUGGCCGAAGACUUUGUGUCACCGGAGAAUGUGUCGCACUGCUUCCACCUGACGCAGGAGUUCCGCGAGCUCCCCGACACACACUCCAACCACGAGGAUAAGCUGCAGAUCAAGAACAUCAUGUACCAUGCUGUCAAGGACUCGCUCCGUGUGCUGUCCACCCUCAAGACUGAACCCUCCGCAUCUGCUAAGCUGCAGUAGCUGCAAUCGACUACCAGUCAUGGCUAGUUGUCACCCCAGUUCAGCUUUUGUGCCAGUAUUAUUUUUGUUGUAAAAACUGUUAGAAUUGUCACGUCAACUAGCAGUUAAUAUCUUUAUAAUAUACAUGAGAAGGAAUAAAUAUGUAUUUUCACAUUUUUUUGUAUUCUUUGUGUAAGAAUUUACUUACAUAAGAAUCUGAUCAUUCACUACUGUUAGCUUUAAUCUGUCGUAAAGCAACUAAACCAUUCCUUCUGACUUCGUUGAGUAAGUGCAAUAAAUAAUUGAGAGUUGUUUUAGUUUGUAAAAGUAUUAUAAUUAUUUUUUUCUUAUCUAUUCAUCCACCCUGCAAUAAAAAAUGGUUAGUAUUAUUAUUAGUAGUAUAAUUAUAAUGGUUAGUAUUUCAUGUAAUUGCUUAAAUCAGCUAAGGAAACUUCAGUUUUCAGCCUGUAGUGUUAUCUGAUUCAUUUAAAAUCAGUUACUGUUACUGUUAAUGUCAAAGAACAAUAUUCUAUUAUCUCAUCCAGUUUCAAGAAAAAUAUCGGGAAAAAUUCAGGAGAAGUGUUUCUGGAGUCACAGUAGAUUCUUUCAAUGAAUCGAAUCAACCAGAUAUUGAUAUUCCUGGAUUUGUCACAUUCAAUAAUUAUCUAUUCUAUUAAAUUCAGAGGUAUUUUGAAAUAUUUGUCGGCAGAAGCUUUUUAAAAUAGAUUGAAAGCUCAUUCAUUAUCUGAUCAUUUAAAAAAAUUAUAAUUCAUCUUAUUUUUAUUAGUGAAUUCAGCAGAUCGCAACAAUUUAUUUGAUUGCUUGUACUCCAACGGAUAUAUUUUCAAUAAUUACACAAUGAUUAUGUACAAGUGAUAUGUGAAUUGAAUGUUUUGAUGGCUAGAAUAAUUGUUGAUAUACAUUUUUCCUCACUGAUGUGAUAAUAAUAUAGUACCAAUUAAAAAUGUAAAUUAAGAACUAUGUAUAUUGUUGAAAAUAUUAAAUAGAAUUUUUGUAAAUGC